AUGGGUUCUAAAAGCAACGGCCACUCAGGCCAAGGCCUGGGGAACCGAGCCCUUCUGGACAAAGUCGACAAGCUUCGCGAGCUCGGAAUCUCUCACCUCGUGCCUCUGCCUCAGAUGGUCGUCGUAGGAGACCAAAGCUCCGGUAAAUCGAGCGUCCUCGAGUCCUUGACCGGAUUCCAGUUCCCCCGUGCCGCCACUCUAUGCACUCGCCAUGCCACAGAAAUCGUCUGCCGACGAGAGCCCACCGAGAGCGUCGUCGUGUCCAUCAUCCCACACAAUCCGUCUCCCGAGCGGGAAAAGCUCGUCAGGGGCUUCCGACGAUCUACGGACAAGAUUGUCUCGGAUGACUUUCCCAAGAUUUUUGAAGACGCUGCCAAGGUCAUGGGCAUUAAGCUGUCAGAGAAUGACAGCGGCGGAGGCAGCGCUUUCAGUCUUGAUGUCCUCAAGGUUGAAAUCAGCGGCCCCAAUGCCGACCACCUCACCGUCAUUGACGUCCCUGGCAUGUUUGAGACUGUAACUCCUGGAGUCACGACGGAGUCCGACAUUGACCUGGUGAAGAACAUGGUCAAGCGAUACAUUGAAGAGAGUCGAACCAUCAUCCUGGCCGUGGUUCCCUGCAUCGUGGAUAUUGCCAACCAGAAGAUCCUUCGCCUUGCAGCAGAGGCCGAUCCUCAGGGCAAACGAACGUUGGGAGUCCUCACCAAGCCCGACCUUUGCAUUGAGAAUGCAACCAAGGCCGUUGUCUGCGAUCUAGUCAACGGCAAGCGUCGUGACCUGCUUCUUGGCUACUGCGUGGUCAAAAAUCUCGGCGCAGACGAUGUGUAUGGCAACAUACACAGUCGUAACCAACAGGAACAGUCUCUAUUUGGACAGGCUCCUUGGAACACUCUCCCCUCUGACAGGGUGGGCAUCGCCGCGCUCCAGACUCGCAUCCGCCACCUUCUUAUGGACCGAACUCGUGCAGAGUUCCCCCAUGUCAAGAAUGAAGUCAUGCAGAAGCUCAAGAAGUAUCAGGAGCUUCGGGCUGACUUGGGCGAGUCGCGAAGCACCACCGAUCAGCAACGAGCAUAUGUGGGCAAAGUUGCUUCCAAGUUUACGAGGCUCAAAAACUAUGGCCUGGAUGCCUAUUACACUCGCCACGAGUUCUUUUCAAAUCCCGAAACGCGACUGAUUACGAGGAUGCGAGCAAUCAAUGAAGCUUAUGCCUAUAUCAUGCGUGAGAAGGGUCAUACCAGAGAAUUCUUCAUCGACCAGAAAACUGAAGCACAAGAGCCACGCAAGAGAUUCGCUGAACCUCUUGAUUCUUCACUCCUCGGAAAUCGAUCUUUACUCUAUCGCCGUAAGGUUCACUUCAAAAUCCCACGGGACGGAGAGGAUGAUCUGAGCGACCUUUUGGCUGACUCCUAUUGGUGUCCGGAGCCAAUAGUCGGCGGUAUGUUGGACCAUAUUCAAAAGCAGUAUCUCGGAUCACGGGGAUACGAGAUUGGUACCUUCAACAAUGAAAUGCUGCCUCACACCUUCAAGGAGCAAGGGAGCAAAUGGCGACCCAUCACGCGUGCGCAUAUCUCGAAUGCCAUACUGAUCGUUCACCAAUUCAUACUCCAGAUCCUGGAAGAGAGCUGCCCUGAUGCCGCCGUUUGCGAUGAGCUCUGGGCGUUUCUCUUGGACGGCCACGACGGCGAAGAUGGCCAAGAGCAUCACGAGGGCCUUCUCAAGCGGUACGCGCGAGCGAUGGAGCAGGUAGAAUUUCUGCUCAAUCUCGAGUUUCAGAACAAAACCAUCACCUACAAUGCUCGUUUUGAGGAAAAGUUCAACCAGCUGAAGCUCGACUCGGAGGAGGAUUCUCUGGGAUGCUUAGCCAAGUCGUCUCUUGAAGAGAUGGGACUGACUAUUCACAACGUGUUGCAAGCGUACUACGACGUUGCCCGGGACCGCUUCGUCGACGUUGUCUGCCAGCAAGCGAUUGACCACUUUCUGCUAUACGCAGACAAGGGCCCACUCGAGGUGCUCUCAGACAAGGUUGUCCUCAACAUGUCGGCAGAGCUGCUCGAACGCAUCGCCGGGGAGGACCUGGCCGUCAAGGAGCAGCGAGAGAGGCUCGAAAAGGAAAUUGAGUCGCUGACCCAGGCACUCAAAAUAUUGAGAAACUGA